CCCUCCCCACCACCUUCCUUGUUCCACCGCUUCUGCCGAGGAAAGGUCUGCGAUGCAGCUGCUGUUCUCCCCACCCCUUCCUCCGCCCCCUUGUAAAAAGUGAGAAGCAGCAUUUUGCACUCAGCAUUUCCGUGGACAUUUCGGGGCAGCAAACUGGAGCUGUUUUUGCCCAGCUUUGGAAGUGUCGUGGGUAGUAUGAAGCUUAUACAGACCAGACGCUGAGCCCAAAUGGGAAUAUCUUUACUGCCAAAAAAACUGCUGGAAGCUGCAGUCUGAAGUUUAAUUGGGAGGAGAGGAGGAAAGAAGACGGGUCAGGGCGACAGCAACCUAACAGAAAAACAUCAGGAGUCUGGAGGCACCAUGAAGCCUCACGUGACACAAGCUGUAAAUUUCAUGCUUUCCGGAUGGUUUUGAUAGCUUCCUUAUUCUUGAUCCUUCUGGCAUGGUUGGUUUGGACCAGGAUGGCAGAAGAUCCCUCCGCAGACUCUCACGGACCUCAGCUUGAUGAUCCCACCCCCUGUGAAGGGGCUGCUUCUGGAUCCCAGGGGCUGCUUUCCAACGGAUCCCCUUCCCUGCUUUCAGAGACGGCAGGAAUGCAGUCCUCGUCAGCGGAGGCCAGCCAGGACCCCUCUCCCCCGCCCGCUCCGAGCGACUUGAGGUGCCCGAAUGGCCCUAAACAGCCAGAGCACCCCGCUUGCCAGAACAAACCCCCGUUUCCCCGUUCUUCCUCGGAUGGGCUGCAGCCCCAGGCCGCGGCCCCCAACGAGGCAGCCAGGGCUUUGAGCCGGGCCGCUGGCCCUCUGUCCAGCCAGCGGCUCUGGCAGAUGAGGUCCCAUUCAUGGGAAGAGCCGGAAGCCAGCCCGGCCCAAGCCAAACGCCAGGGUAUGGCCAAGUUUGUGCUGGGCUCUUUCGAAGACUCUUCGGACGACGAGUUUAUGGCCGGGUCCCUCCGGCUGGCCGGCCGGAGAAGGAGCAGCUUGGCCAGCCUCGGUUCCUCCUCCUCUUCGGUGGAUUCGUCAUCGCUCGCCUCCCUGUCGGAGACCAAGGUCACCAUGAAGCCCAGCAUGUCGGGGCUCCACCUGGUCAAAAAAGGCCGUGAGCAGAGAAAACUGGAUCUCCACAGGGACUUCACGGUGGCCUCGCCGGCCGAAUUCGUGACUCGUUUCGGAGGGAACCGUGUUAUUGAAAAGGUGUUAAUUGCCAACAACGGCAUCGCAGCGGUGAAGUGCAUGCGCUCCAUCCGCAGGUGGGCCUACGAAAUGUUCCGCAAUGAGCGAGCCAUCAGGUUCGUGGUGAUGGUGACUCCGGAAGACCUGAAAGCCAACGCAGAAUACAUCAAGAUGGCCGACCAGUAUGUUCCUGUCCCCGGAGGAACCAAUAAUAACAAUUAUGCCAACGUAGAGUUAAUUGUGGAUAUUUCAAAACGGAUUCCGGUGCAGGCUGUAUGGGCUGGCUGGGGACACGCGUCUGAGAACCCUAAACUUCCAGAACUUCUGGACAAAAACGGGAUAGCGUUCCUUGGCCCGCCCAGUGAGGCCAUGUGGGCCUUGGGGGACAAAGUGGCUUCCACCAUCGUGGCUCAGACCGUCCAUAUCCCGACGUUGCCGUGGAGUGGAAGUGGCCUGGUGGCUGAGUGGACUCAAGAGGAGAGUGAGCAGUGCAGAACCAUUACGGUCCCUCUGGAGACUUACUGGCGAGGUUGCGUGAAGGAUGUGGAGGAAGGUCUGGAGGUUUCACAAAGUAUUGGCUACCCAGUGAUGAUCAAGGCCUCAGAAGGCGGUGGCGGCAAGGGGAUCCGGAUCGCCGAAGGGGCGGAAGAGUUCCCGGCUCGCUUCAGACAAGUUCAAAGCGAGGCUCCCGGAUCCCCGGUCUUUGUGAUGAAGUUCUUACACCACGCGCGCCACCUGGAAGUCCAGGUCUUGGCUGAUCAGUACGGGAACGCGGUUUCGUUGUUCAGCCGGGACUGCUCCAUCCAGCGGAGGCACCAGAAGAUCAUCGAAGAGGCCCCUGCCACGGUGGCCCCGCUGGCUGUCUUUGAGUACAUGGAGCAGUGUGCUGUACGACUGGCCAAAAUGGUGGGCUACGUCAGCGCAGGAACGGUGGAGUACCUCUACAGCGAAGACGGGAGCUUCCAUUUCCUGGAGCUGAAUCCCCGGCUGCAGGUGGAGCACCCCUGCACGGAAAUGAUUGCCGACGUCAACCUCCCUGCUGCCCAGCUGCAGAUUGCUAUGGGGGUCCCGCUGCACAGGAUCAAGGACAUCCGCGCCCUCUACGGAGAGCCCCCCUGGGGAGACACCCCCAUCUCUUUUGAGAACCCCAGCAAAGUGCCGGUGCCCAGGGGCCACGUGAUGGCUGCGCGGAUCACCAGCGAAAACCCUGACGAGGGUUUCAAGCCCAGUUCUGGCACAGUGCAAGAGCUGAAUUUCCGUAGCAACAAGAACGUUUGGGGUUACUUCAGCGUCGCGGCCACCGGCGGCUUGCACGAGUUUGCCGAUUCCCAGUUUGGCCACUGUUUCUCCUGGGGGGAGAACCGAGAAGAGGCGAUCUCAAACUUGGUGGUCGCUCUGAAGGAGCUCUCCAUCCGCGGAGACUUCCGGACGACGGUCGAAUACCUGGUCAAACUGCUGGAGACUGAGAGCUUCCAGACCAAUGAAAUUGACACCAGCUGGCUGGAUCACUUGAUCGCUGAAAAAGUGCAGGCAGAGAAGCCGGACACCAUGCUUGGCGUGGUCUGCGGUGCCCUCAACGUGGCGGAUGCCUUGUUCAGGACAUGCAUGGAUGACUUUCUCCACGCACUGGAAAGGGGGCAGGUGCUGCCUGCAGCCUCCCUUCGGAACAUUGUGGACGUGGAGCUUAUUUACGAAGGUGUGAAAUAUGCUCUUAAGGUUGCCCGUCAGUCCUUGACCACCUACGUGAUCAUCAUGAACAACAGCCACAUCGAGAUCGAUGUCCACAGGCUGAACGACGGCGGGCUUCUGCUCUCCUACGAUGGCAACAGUCACACCACGUAUAUGAAGGAAGAAACCGAUCGAUACCGCAUCACCAUCGGCAACAAGACCUGCGACUUUGAGAAAGAGAACGACCCCACUUUGCUUCGCUCGCCUUCCGCCGGGAAGCUGCUGCAGUACACGGUGGACGACGGGGGACACGUCUGCGUGGGCCACAGCUACGCAGAGAUCGAGGUCAUGAAGAUGGUGGUGGCCUUGGUGGUGGAGGAAUCGGGCAUCGUCCGUUACGUGAAAAGGCCCGGCACAUUGCUGGAGAAAGGUUGCGUCAUCGCUCGCCUGGAACUGGACAAUCCUGCCAAAAUCCACCUGGCCCAGCUGCACACGGGAGGGCUCCCGUCUCAACCGCCCCUGCCUAUCCUGGGGGAAAAAUUGCACCAGGUCUUCCAUAAUGUGCUGGAGAACCUUGUGAACGUCAUGAACGGCUACUGCUUGCCUGAGCCGUAUUUCAGCAGCAAGCUCAAAGAGUGGGUGUGCAAGUUGAUGAAGACCCUCCGGGACCCUUCGCUCCCUCUCCUGGAGCUGCAGGAGAUCAUGACGAGCAUUUCCGGCCGGAUCCCACCGUCGGUGGAGAAGUCGAUCCGGAAAGUGAUGGCCCAAUAUGCCAGCAACAUCACUUCGGUGCUCUGCCAGUUCCCCAGCCAGCAGAUCGCCAGCAUUCUGGACAGCCACGCAGCCACUUUGCAGCGGAAAUCUGACCGGGAAGUCUUCUUUAUGAACACCCAGAGCAUCGUGCACCUGGUGCAGAGGUAUCGCAGCGGCAUCCGUGGUCACAUGAAAUCCGUGGUGUUGGACCUACUGAGACGAUAUUUACAGGUGGAAACCAAAUUCCAACAAGCUCAUUAUGACAAAUGUGUGGUCAAUCUGCGGGAGCAGCACAUGCCUGACAUGACCCCGGUCCUUGAGAGCAUUUUCUCCCACGCCCAGGUGGCUAAGAAGAACCUGCUGGUGACCAUGCUGAUUGAUCAGCUUUGCGGCCGAGACCCCACCCUCACAGACGAGCUGAUGGCCAUCCUGAACGAACUCACCCAGCUGAGCAAGACGGAGCACUCCAGAGUGGCUUUGCGGGCCAGGCAGGUGCUGAUCGCCUCCCACCUCCCUUCCUACGAACUGAGGCACAACCAAGUGGAAUCUAUCUUCCUCUCGGCCAUCGACAUGUACGGACACCAGUUCUGCCCUGAAAACCUAAAGAAACUCAUCCUUUCCGAAACUACCAUCUUUGACGUUCUCCCUACUUUCUUCUACCACUCCAACCAGGUGGUGCGCAUGGCGGCCCUGGAGGUGUACGUAAGGAGGGCUUACAUCGCCUACGAACUGAACAGCCUGCAGCACCGCCAGCUGGCAGAUGGCACCUGUGUGGUCGAGUUUCAGUUCAUGCUGCCUUCGUCUCAUCCGAACAGGGGGAGCAGCCCUGCCCUGAGCAGGAUGUCUGUGCCGGUCAGCAUCUCCAACCCCGACUUGGCCCGCCACAGCACCGAGCUCUUUAUGGACAGCGGGUUUUCCCCUCUCUGCCAGCGGAUGGGGGCCAUGGUGGCCUUCGACCGAUUUGAAGACUUCACCAGAAACUUUGACGAGGUGAUUUCUUGCUUUGCCGAACCCCCUCUGGAGAGCCCCUUGUUUAGCGAGGUGAGGGCCACGCUCUAUGAUGAAGAAGACAACAAGAAUGUCCGGGAUGAACCCAUCCACAUCCUGAACAUCGCCGUGCGGUGGGCAGAUUUCCCGGAGGAUGAGCAGCUGGUGCCUGUCUUCAGAGCGUUUGCUCAGUCUAAGAAGAACAUUCUGGUUGAUUGUGGCCUCCGAAGAAUCACAUUUCUGAUCACCCAACAGAGGGAGUUUCCCAAGUUUUUCACCUUCCGAGCCCGUGACGAGUUUGCAGAAGAUCGUAUCUAUCGGCACUUGGAGCCGGCUUUGGCGUUCCAGCUGGAGCUGAGCCGGAUGCGCAACUUUGACCUGGUGGCCGUGCCGUGCGCCAACCACAAGAUGCAUCUUUACCUUGGCGCUGCCAAGGUGGAGGAAGGUGCCGAAGUCACCGACUACCGUUUUUUCAUCCGUGCCAUCGUCAGACACUCGGACCUCAUCACCAAGGAGGCCUCUUUUGAAUACCUGCAGAACGAGGGCGAGCGCCUGCUUCUGGAGGCCAUGGAUGAACUGGAGGUGGCCUUCAGUAACACCAGCGUCCGCACCGAUUGCAACCACAUCUUCCUCAACUUUGUCCCCACGGUGGUUAUGGACCCUUCCAAGAUUGAGGAAUCCGUGCGCUCCAUGGUGAUGCGGUACGGGAGCCGCCUCUGGAAACUCCGGGUCCUGCAAGCGGAGGUGAAGAUCAAUAUCCGCUUGACUCCGACGGCUCAAGCCAUCCCCAUCCGCCUCUUUCUCACCGAUGAGUCGGGAUACUACCUGGAUAUCAGCCUUUACAAGGAAGUCAACGACCCCAGCACUGGGAGCAUCAUGUUCCAUUCCUACGGAGACAAGCAAGGCCCUCUCCACGGGAUGCUCAUCAACACGCCCUACGUCACGAAGGACCUGCUCCAAGCCAAGCGCUUCCAGGCCCAGUCGCUCGGCACCACCUACGUCUACGACUUCCUGGAGAUGUUCCGCCAGGCUGUCUUCAAACUAUGGGGUCCCACAGAAGGAUGCCCCAUGGAUGUCCUGACUUACACGGAAUUAGUGCUGGAUUCCCAGGGUCGCCUGGUGCAGAUGAACAGGCUGCCCGGAGGAAACGAGAUUGGAAUGGUGGCUUUCAAGAUGAAGCUGAAAACACCCGAGUACCCAAAGGGCCGUGAGAUUGUGGUCAUAAGCAACGACAUCACGUACAAGAUCGGGUCGUUCGGGCCCGAGGAGGACCUCCUCUUCUUGCGCGCCUCUGAGCUGGCCCGUGCCGAGGGCAUCCCCAGGAUCUAUAUUGCUGCCAACAGCGGUGCCCGCAUCGGGUUUGCUGAGGAGAUCAAGCACAAGUUCCAAGUGGCCUGGGUGGAUCCUGCAGAUCCCUAUAAGGGAUUCCUGUACCUGUACCUAACUCCCCAGGAUUACACGCGGAUCAGCUCCAUGAACUCUGUGCACUGCGAACACGUCGAGGAAGGGGGCGAGUCCAGGUACAUCAUCACCGAUAUUAUUGGCAAAGAUGAGGGUUUCGGUGUGGAGAACCUCCGGGCCUCGGGCACCAUCGCUGGGGAGUCGUCUCUCGCUUACGAGGAAAUCGUCACCAUUAGCAUGGUGACCUGCCGUGCCAUCGGGAUUGGGGCCUACCUGGUGAGGCUCGGCCAGCGCGUCAUCCAGGUGGAGAACUCGCACAUCAUCCUGACUGGAGCUGGGGCUUUGAAUAAGGUCUUGGGCCGUGAGGUGUACACCUCGAACAACCAGCUGGGCGGGGUGGAGAUCAUGCACAACAACGGCGUCUCCCACGUGACGGCCCCAGACGAUUUUGAAGGCGUCUACACCAUCUUGCAGUGGCUGUCUUACAUGCCGAAGGACAACCGCAGCCCAUUGCCUAUUAUUGCCACGAGUGACCCCAUUGAGAGAGAGAUUGAGUUUUUUCCCUCCAAAGCCCUGUAUGACCCACGAUGGAUGCUGGCAGGGAGGCCUCACCCCACCGUGAAGGGAUCUUGGCAAAGCGGCUUCUUCGACCACGGCUCUUUUUUGGAGAUCAUGCAGCCGUGGGCACAGACGGUGGUGGUUGGCCGAGCCAGGCUGGGAGGAAUCCCCGUCGGCGUGAUAGCUGUGGAAACCCGGACGGUGGAAUUGGCGGUGCCUGCCGACCCAGCAAAUCCGGAAUCAGAAGCAAAGAUAAUCCAGCAAGCCGGCCAGGUCUGGUUUCCCGAUUCAGCUUUUAAAACAGCCCAGGCGAUCAGAGAUUUUGACCGGGAGCACCUCCCACUCUUGAUUUUUGCCAACUGGAGGGGCUUCUCGGGUGGAAUGAAAGACAUGUACGAUCAGGUGCUGAAGUUUGGGGCGUACAUUGUCGACAGCCUCCGGCAAUUCAAGCAGCCAGCUCUCGUCUACAUUCCCCCGCAUGCCGAACUCCGAGGAGGGUCAUGGGUGGUGAUUGACCCCACCAUCAACCCUCUGUACUUGGAGCUGUAUGCAGAUGAAGAGAGUCGGGGGGGCAUCUUAGAAGCCGAAGGCACCGUGGAGAUCAAAUUCAGGAGGAAAGACCUGAUCAAGACCAUGAGAAGGGUGGACUCCACCUAUGCCAGGAUAGCUCAGCAGCUGGGCUCCCCAGAGCUCUCGGGAGCAGAGCGCAAGGAUCUGGAGAAGCAGCUCAAAGCGCGAGAGGAUUACCUCCUGCCGAUCUUCCGCCAGGUGGCGGUGCAGUUUGCCGACCUCCAUGACACCCCAGGGAGGAUGCACGAGAAAGGCGUCAUUUCAGACAUCCUUCAGUGGAAGAACGCCCGGGCCUUCUUUUACUGGCGGCUGCGGCGCCUCCUGCUGGAGGAGGAGGUGAAGGUGGAGAUCCUCCAGGCCAACAGCGAGCUGAGCAACAGCCACAUCCAGUCCAUGCUGCGGCGCUGGUUCCUGGAGACGGAAGGCGCCGUCAAGGGUUACCUCUGGGAUAAUAACCAGGUCGUGGUGGAAUGGCUCGAGAAGCAGCUGCGAGGGGAGGACGGAGGGAAGUCCGCCGUCCGGGAGAACAUCAAGUACCUGAAGCGGGAUUACGCCCUCAAACACAUCCGGACCUUGGUUGAAGCCAACCCAGAAGUUGCGAUGGACUGCAUCAUUCACAUGACCCAACACCUCACGGAGGCCCAGAGAGCCCAGGUGGCCCACCUCCUCGCCACGAUGGACCAUCCCGCCUCCUCUUGACGAAGCCACGGCGGGAAAGCCCACCAACCCACGGAGGAGGGAGGAAGAGGCACCAAGAGGAGCACGUUGGGGCAGGGGGAGGGCAGCCGGCUCCAUCCUUGCCUGUCCAACUGGGGGAGGUUGGCGCCCAGGCGGUGCCACGGAAUGUUCCCAAGGGGCGAUUCUGGACCACAGGGGUGCAAAACACCAGGGAACCAGCUCCUUUUUAGGACAGACUUCUGUCCCAUGCGUGAGCAGAGGAACCCACAGCUGCCCGGAGAGCAAUGCUCCACCCCCUGCUGAGCCACCGAGGGUGUCCACGACCAGCCUCUCUCUUUGUGCAGCAGGGCAAGACUCAGUGUGUCCGAGACAAGUUGUGGUUUUGUUCUGAUGUUGUUGCUAAAAGGACCGUCUUGAUUUUCAGGCCGUCUCUACCUUCAACAAGAAAUGUUUUUCUGCUUUUAGAAAGACUUGACAGAGAGGCUUGGGAGAACCCGUGGUCAGUUAACGGCGGCUAACAGGGCCUGACUGGAUUUUGGCAGUCCGUCACUCACGCCGUUCGGCAGACGCCAAGCUGUACUGCGGGAAAAUGUUGCUUGCCACUGCCACACACACACACACACACACACACACCAGCUUGGUUGGAAAGCAUCCUCCUUUACAUGUCUUGAAAUCAAAUGAGUCUUCUGUGCCUUCCAUGGUAACCCCUGAUUCAACCGUGCCUUAAGCGUCUCCGUAGUUUACCCCUGUGCCACAUGGUCACUGGAAUGAGUGACGUUGCAUUAUUUCAAAUCCUAUUUUUUGUUUUUUUACAUUAGGAGAUGGACUGUAUCUCAGGCUUCGUAACUUCAACACUGCAGCAUAGCUAGUCCCUCUCAUUCUAAUAGAAGGCCACAAAGGCAAUGCACGACAAAGGAGGUGAAGACGGAAGAACAUUCUUGCUGUUACCCGCCUGUGUUGUGCGGUUUUGCAUUUCCUGACAACGGACACUAAUCUUCAGUGUCCCAACCAGAUUAUCCCUCGUUAAGAGGUACCGUUAGGUUGGGCGAUGUGUUGAGUUAAUGGUUCAGUGAGAUAGCUGCCCCCCCCCCGCGAAAAGAAAAGAGGUUUAUCAUGGCCUGCUUUCAAGGAGAAGGGAGCCAGGCACAAAAAACAGCACUCUUUCUCCUAGGAAGCGGGUCACUAGAAGUGUGCAGAUUUGUGUUGAUUCGGCAACACUUCCCAGAAGUGCCACCCAGAACCACAGAAUCUGCACACCUCUCCUGUUAACAGCUUGCACGUGGUCAGAGUGAGGAGAAACCGUCUUUCACGAGCAAGUACCACGAUUCUAAAUAAACCAGCUGUGUUUGUUAACAAGGACCCCUGUCUUGUUUUCUUAGCAGCUCUUGCAGGUCAGGAGACCCACGAGGGAAAGAAACCUUUUAAAUCUUCUGGGCAGUGGUAUUUAAUCCUUCUGAUAAAGCUGCUGCUGCUGCUGCUUCAUGGCUUCCUCAGUUAAACAGUUCUCAGACCCCUCCUCAGCAUCACCACAAGACAGGAAAGGCUGUUUAGGUGCUGUUUUCUUCCCCACUUGGCUUGUCUUUGCUUGCCUUCAUCCAUCUUCACGAUGCUCCUUUCCCACCAAAAUCCAAAUUUGUGGAGGGUAAGUGUUACCUCGGAGGAUCAGAGCGGACUCUGUGUCAGUUCCACUAAACAACACUUUUUUAAAAAAAUAAAAUAAAUCACAGUCAUUAUUCAAGUUUUAGAGCCGACACGACACAGCGGUGAGUUUUGUCUUGGGCUGCAAGGGUGUUUUAUUUGUUGGUGAUGCUUAUUUAUUUUAACAGACAAAGACAUUUCUGGGACAUUCCUGUGAAACAGGUUUCUGAUACAGGCAAUUCGGGUCUUGUCCCUAAAAUGUUUCAGCCCCAAAUACUGCCAUUUUAAAUCAAGGUAGAAAAAAUGACAUUCCUGGUUGAACAACCCCUUCCAAAAAAAAAGGGGGAUUCUGUCUGCAACCUAGUGCAGAUUUUUCUUGGAGUAAGCUCUGGAUUUUGGAAUGGUGUAAACGAUCACCCAUCAAUUUAGAUUCAUCUCAAAUUGAGCUUAGUGGUUGUAGGGAUGGCUAACCUUCCUGAACUGUGAUUCUUGCUCAUAACGGCAGAACCGCAGUGUCUGAAACAAGAGAUGCCCAAAAAGAGCCAAAAGGGGGAAGGGGCCCAAUCCACUUGGGAAACGCUCUGCAUGAAGCUGUUAUCCUGAAGCAUCCACCACAAUAU